AACAAGUGCUGUGUCCUUCAGGUGACUUUCAGUAGCUGUGAGGCUCAGUUCCUCGAAGGAAGCAUAUCCCGAUACCGAAAUGAUGAGCAUGGUUGUGAGCGCCGCUGGCGCUCCCGCGCUUCUUACUAGGCCUUCGCGUUCCAUUCUGCCAACCUUCAGGGCUGUCGGCGCUCGCCGUGUGGCUGCUCGCGCUGCGACCCUUGAUAACUACACCGGUGUGGUGUUCCAGCAACCUUUUGAAGAGGCCAAGGCGGAGCUUGCCAUCGUGGACAAUACGAACGCGGCAGUGGCUAGCCUUGCUCGUGUGGACUUCCACCCAGCUUGCGAGGCGGCUAUUAACGAGCAGAUCAACAUCGAGUACACAGUGUCGUACGUGUACCACGCGCUGUGGGCCUACUUUGACCGGGACAAUGUCGCCCUCCCUGGUCUGGCGGCGUACUUCAAGGCUGGCAGUGAUGAGGAGCGGGAACACGCGGAGCUGUUGAUGAAAUACCAGAACAGCCGGGGUGGCCGGGUCGUGCUCGGACCUCUGUCAGUGCCCGACCUAGAUCUCUCGUCCAGCGAUAAGGGCGACGCUCUAUACGCCAUGGAGUUGGCGCUGAGUUUGGAGAAGCUCAAUUUUCAAAAGCUCCGACAGCUGCAUUCUGUGGCGGAUGAGAAAGGAGACGCGUCCAUGGCGGACUUUGUGGAGGGCGACCUACUGGCGGAGCAGGUGGAGGCGGUGAAGAAGGUCUCCGAGUACGUCAGUCAGUUGCGCCGCGUGGGCAAGGGCCUCGGCGUCUACCAGUUCGACAAGCAGCUGGCUGCGGAGGUGGCGGCCGCCGCCGGCCAGGCGUAA